AGCCCCUGUAAAGAUGCGCUGCGCGGAGUUUUACGCACGGCGCGCCUUUCCUUCGUGCUGGAUCUGUUGACUUUGGCAGACUUGACGUAGAGGGCCGUCGUGCGUCGCUGCGUCGCCGGCUGAGGAGGCGUUGGCGCAUCACACUACUGCCGCCGCUGCUGCUGCUGCUGCUGCUGCUGACACAGAAACAGAAACCGGCUUGUCCUGCACUGUAAGCGGGCACACAAUUAACCGACACGGUCCGUUCACCAUCUCAUUCUUAAAGGGAGUCCCCUCUGUAGCUAUAGUUGUGCUGUGUGUGCGUAUGUAUGUGUGUGUGUGUGUGUGUGUUUUAUUUUAUUUUAGAAAUUAACUCACCAGCUUUUAGAAUAUGAUCAAGAACGGACAUCACCACCACCAAGUGAACACAACAGCCGGGAAAGACGCAGGGACGACCCCCAGCGCUGCAGCCUGCAGUCCCGAGAAGAGGAGGCGGAGGAUCCGGGUGUGGUGCGAUGGCUGCUAUGACAUGGUCCAUUACGGGCACUCCAACCAGCUGCGACAAGCCAAGGCCAUGGGAGAUUAUCUCAUCGUUGGAGUACACACAGACAGUGAGAUUGCGAAGCACAAAGGACCGCCAGUCUUCACUCAGGAGGAAAGAUACAAGAUGGUGCGGGCCAUAAAAUGGGUUGAUGAGGUCGUGGAAGGAGCACCUUACGUCACCACCCUCGGGACCCUCGAUAAGUACAACUGUGACUUCUGCGUGCAUGGAGAUGAUAUAACACUAACAGUGGAUGGGAAAGACACGUAUGAAGAGGUGAAGAAGUCAGGGCGGUACAGGGAGUGCAAGAGAACCCAGGGAGUUUCAACCACAGAUCUGGUUGGCAGGAUGCUACUGAUGACCAAAGCACACCACAGCAACAUUGAUAGCUCAGACUAUCAGCAGCACACAGAUAACUUUGGAAAGGGGUCACAUGGUCAGAAGGGCCACAGUCCCUGGACGGGGGUGUCUCAGUUCCUGCAGACUUCACAGAAGAUCAUCCAGUUUGCUUCAGGCCAGGAGCCUCAACCCGGAGACACUAUCAUCUAUGUGGCAGGAGCCUUUGACCUCUUCCACAUUGGCCAUGUGGACUUCCUGGAAGCAGUGCAUAAGCUCGCAGAAAAGCCAUACAUUAUAGUGGGGUUGCACUUUGAUCAGGAGGUGAAUCGUUACAAAGGGAAAAACUACCCCAUCAUGAAUGUCCAUGAAAGAACACUCAGCGUCCUGGCUUGUCGAUACGUGUCAGAAGUGGUGAUUGGUGCACCCUUUGCAGUCACAAAAGAUUUGCUGGACCAUUUCAAGGUUGAUCUUGUAUGCCAUGGAAAGACAGAAAUAUAUCCUGACAAGGAUGGAUCAGACCCUUAUGCUGAGCCCAGGAGGAAAGGAAUCCUGCGUACUGUUGACAGCGGGAACAGCCUCACUACGGAUGCCAUUGUGCAGAGGAUAAUCAAAAACAGGUUGCUAUUUGAAGCAAGGAACCAGAAGAAAGAGGCCAAAGAGAUUGCUGUGAUCCAGGCCAUGAAACGACGAGAGGAGGAAAAGACUAAAGAAAAGACUAAAGAAAGACCCCAGGCUGUGCUGUAGAAAGGAGAAAUGAGCAUCCAAAUGAGCAUCAUCAGUCAAGUCAACAUAACACUGAUGAGCUCAAUUAAUCUAAACCCUCAUGUACAGUAAAAAAAAAAAAAAAUCAACCCUUUUAUAUGUGUGAUGACAGCCUCGACACACGAUCCUGGAUAAUUACAGCAGCCCGUUUAUACCAGGGAAGCUUAGUCCUGUUGUGGGAUCAUCAGGCAUACAGUGUGUGUGUAUGUAUGUAUGUGUGUGUGUGUGUGUGUGUGUGUGUGUGUGUGUGUGUGUGUGUGUGUGUGUGUGUGUCCUCUGUGUACUAAUAUAUUCUGCAUAUGCAACUACAUUUCAAUCAACAAGCACCCAAACAGAAGUCUUAACUAUUGAAUAUUGUGAACAGAACAAUAGAAGAAAGUUGGAGCUAUCACUAAAUCUUCAAAUGUCUAUUUCAUGUCUUCAGAGAUUUUGAAUUUCUCAAGUGCUUUUUUUUUUUUUUGCCUUCAAAAACAAAAAAUAAAUACAUUUUUAAGUGUUAUAUAAUGGGAUUUGGACAUAUGAAGGGCAAGUGUGGGGAUCAGACACUGAACUGUAUCAAGGGAAUGAUUUGAUUUGUCAUUUCUGUGGGGUUGUUGCAGCUUUCUGCCCAGGAACAGGCAUAACCCCAGAACUAAUCUAUGUUUGUAUAUACUGUAUGUAUGUAUAUAUUAUAAAGUGAUUACAGUCUCCCUGGAGGAUGCUAAAACCACUAGAGAAUUAGGGAAGAAAACCCCCCCUGCUUCUCUGCAUCUGUCUUGGGUUGUUUGGAGGUGGAAAAGGUGUUGAUAGACUCUUUCGGGACCUCAUGUACAUAUCAGACCUUUCUCCUAUCAGACUGCACUGACUGCUCAGAACUGUUCGGUUUGAUUUUUAGAGCAGGUUUUUAACUUUAAAAUGCACACUGUUGAGACCUGCACGCCUGGCUUUCUGAGUGCAAUUUUUUUUAAACCAUCUCUCCUUAGAUUUAUCCUAACAUAGAGAACACUACAGAGUUUUAACAGACUGAUUUUAACCUUUAGUUUUCUUAGUAUAGUUAGAGAACUAUGACAGAUGCUCAGUGUUGUUGACUGGAUCAUGAAAUAGACCUCUUACUCAUGAAAUAGACCUCGUACUGUCAUUGAGCCUGGAACAAUUUAACCUCUGUCUCGAUAUCAAAUGGGAUUAAAUGAUAUAUUUUUUGUAGAUGUAUAUUUUACUCAAUUCCUCUCCAUUAACUACUCUACUGUAUAGCUGGUUUCAUAUUGUUUAAAAAGCAUAAUGAUAUGUCUGUAUGUCAAGUUGGAAUGUAUUCAGUGUAGGCUAUAACCUGUAUGUUAUUGACAACUCCCAGUUGACAAAUACUGUAGAAACUGAUUGGACUACAGUAUACUAUUGCUGACAAUAAUAACAUUUUAAUCUGAAA